AGACCCUCGAGGUUUUAUUAGUUUUAACUGAGAGACAACUGUUGCGCGCACGAAAUGGGCAGGGACCAUCUGGUUCGAGCGCCUGCCACGUACCUGCCACGUAUUCCUAUUGCAGGUCAUGAAAAGUAUUGAGUAUGCCCAUAAGGACGGAAGUGGAUAAUUUGCACGUAAUUUUCGUGGUGUACCACCUGGAUUGAUAUGGCCGGAUCAGUACGUGCCUUGGAGCAAUCAUGUCAAGUAGGAUUCGUUUUCCCCAUUAUAAAAGCCUGCUCUCUUGGAAAAAGUGCCUUCGGCUUGUCUUGAUUCCAUUUAUUGUCUUCGUAAAUUUGUACUUGUAUUUCAAACAAUGAAAUUACGAAAGUAUUUUCCUCCAAGCGUUAUUAUAACGGUAAGAGAAUUAGGAAGAGCUAAUCUCACAAUAGGAUGCUGUUGAGAUGCCUCUGGAAAUCAGGACACAUUGUUACUUUGUCACAGUUACACGAUUACGUAGGUGAUUAGCAUUUAAGUUUCGUUUUUACGUAUAAUAGUUUCUUGUUUGUGGAACUACUCGAUUAGUUUGAUAAGAGUGUUUGUUGUGAUGCACUUACUCAUUGAAAGGUUAUUUUCAUCUUCAACUUUUUAGGAUUUCCCAAGUUACUGUUUACGUACUUAAGUUAAACCUCGAUAAUUCUUACUGAAAGCCACAAACGGUUGGCUGUAAAAUACGUGAUUGUAUACAGCAAUUGCCAUCACACACGAGUUUUGCGUCUAGGCGUUCAGGGUCCCUUCAGGCCAGCGACAUUCAGGCCUGAAUGUCCAAAUCCUUUCAGGCCAGUGUCGCUAGAAGUCUAGAACAACUAUUUCCCCAUGUUUUCGCGUGUUUCGAUCCCUAUAUUUGGAAGUUGGGUUUUAAAACUUGAUUGGGUUUCCCUACAUAUUUCAGAGUCAAAUUAAGUAUUAAGUCAAAUUUCGCGAACUUAAGUCCCCUCUUACACAUUUUCCGCCGCUUUCUCAACUAGGCUACUACACCAGUUUACAUUAAAAAUCACUUGUACUAUUUCAAUAAAAUUCGCUGCUUUUUUUUUUUAGAAGAGAGGGUUAUCGUGUUUCUGGGUAGUUUUACCUUACUGGCGUGAACAUUGCUGGCCUGAACGUCACUGGCCUGAACGUCGUUGGCCUGAACGUCGCUGGCCUGAACGUCACUGGCCUGAACGUCACCCAUCCGUUUCAUUCUGUGAAUAAAGACGAAUAGAUUUCCUGUCUCGCAUUCUUCUUUAAUGAGAGUACUGACGAUAUUGCAAUACAGUAAAGUACUUUUAUAAUGCGGUCAGGUUUCAUUGUUCGUCAACAAUAUAACGGAGAGAAAUUGUCCUGUAGAAAUCCAUUAGUCACUUACCGUCUCGUUUUGCGUUUUGAGUUGUACAAAAGAUAUUUAACCAACAUUCAAGCGAUUUCUCUGUAUUUCAUAUGGAAAUUUUCAAUCGAAUGUAAGGCGAACGGACGGAUAGCUUUCGAUUUCACCCCUGCUUCCUAUUUAUAAAUGGAUUCAUAAAAAGAGAAAAGUGAUGCAUGUUACGGCAGUCUUUAUUCGAAGCAUCGCCCGUCAACAUGUACCGUGUUCUUGUUUGUUUAUACAACAUUUUAGAAUAUUUAUAGAUUAAUUCAACUCAAUUUCAAGAAUGAGGCAAUAUUUAGGUUUGGUGAUUGUUGUAUUUUACAUGUACGGCUUGCUUAGUUGGUCUGGUGCUAAAGUAAAAGCACAAAUUGCUUUUGAUGUAGUUUGUCCAAAUGUCAAUAUAGUGCAGGACUUUGAUAUGCAAAAGUAUUCCGGUGUAUGGUUUGAAAUUGAAUCUUAUCCCGACGUGAUUGAUGAGUUCGACAUCUGUGUUUCAUUGAGUUACUCAGUGCAAACAGACGGUGUUCUUCAGGUCGUGAGUUCUUGGUUCAAUACAAGUUCAAAAGCACAUGAGCGUAUCCAAGGAAGCGCUCGUUUUGUUAAUCCUGGCUUGGGAGCCAAACUUCUGGUUACAUAUCCCACUUCAUUUGUUACCGAGUCAAUGUCAACCGACGGUAAUUUUUGGAUCAUCGAAACGGAUUACAAGAAUUACGCUAUCGUUUUCUUGUGUCUUCCAAUUGGACCAAACAUAAGCUUUCAAUUUCUUUCGUACUUGAGUCGAGAGCGGUUUCCUUUUACGAUGGGUCUCAAUUUCGUGCAUCAUCGCAUAGAAACGCUGGGAUUAGACAGAACACUUCUCAAACCCAUCGAUCAGACUAACUGUCCUUCUAAAGCAGAAAAAUAAACUUGUUUGUCUUGGAAAA